UUCCAAGAUUUGAAUAUAUGCACUCACUUGGUUCCUUAUCACGGCUCUCUUUUCUUCUUUCUCUCUAUCAUUAUCUCUUUUCCUCGAACGUAAAUACGUGUGUUGCUCUUUAUAUAUAGUCAUUUGGAUAUGAAAAGUGCAGAUAAGCGGCAUAAUCGUCAUCGUAUGAGGACGAGCUUAACACGCGUGGAGAAGGAUUCAUUACAAAACAAGACCCGCGCGUGCAGCAUCUAAAGAUGGAAGCGAUCGCGACGGCUAAUCCGCAUCCGAAAAAAAUGCACAAUAAUUACGAGGAUGAGGAAGAGCGGAAGCACUUCCAGAGGAUCGUCGCCGCGUUCAAGUACUACAAAACACACUCGUUGUCAAGAGUAAAAAAAUCGGAAUCCUAUCUUCUCACUCUGCCAACACAUCAUCAGAAACUUUUGUCAAAGUACAGAGAACAUCUGCAAGAGGUGAAACGCUGUAUUGAGAACAAUGAUAACAUUAUAAAGCUUAUAAUAAAAGAUGUAACUCAUAUAUUCGAAAAUGUACAUCCAGCAACUGCGCAGGCUGACAGUACAUUAAAUCCACGUCCUGUAAUGGUGGACCAGGAGAAGGUCCAAGCUACUAUUAAACAAUUGGUACGCGAUUGGAGUGUGGAAGGUACCGAAGAACGGGCAGCAUGCUAUCAACCUAUCAUAGAGGAAAUAUUGUGUCAAUUUCCAUUAGACCAAUGUACACCGUCGAAUGUACACAUCUUAGUGCCUGGUGCUGGAUUAGGCCGACUUGCCUUCGAGAUAGCGAGGCGUGGUUAUACGUGUCAAGGAAACGAAUUUUCGUUAUUCAUGCUUUUUGCAUCGAACUUCGUACUGAACAAAUGCAGGGACGUGAACUUGUAUCAAGUACAUCCAUGGGUGCACCAAUAUAUGAACAAUCUGAAACCAGAGCAUCAAACACAGGCGGUUUCCUUCCCCGACGUGUGCCCGAGCGAUCUUCCAGGAACUGCACAAUUUUCUAUGACCGCGGGUGACUUUUUAGAGGUUUACACAGAGGACAAUCAUUGGGACUGUGUAGCAACAUGCUUUUUCAUAGACUGUGCCAAUAAUGUUGUACAAUUUAUUGAAACAAUUCAUAAAAUUUUGAAGCCGGGUGGAGUAUGGGUAAAUCUCGGACCGUUGCUCUAUCAUUUCAGCGAUUUACCAAAUGAGGAAUCCAUUGAACCUAGUUACGACGCCAUUCGCGAAGUUAUCGUAGGCUUCGGCUUCCGAUUAGAGAAGGAAGAGACGCAAGUGAAGACGCGUUACGCCCAGAACGUCAACAGCAUGUUACAAUGCGAAUACAACAGCGUCUAUUUUGUCUGUCGUAAACUCCACCAACAUGUAGAUAAUGUAAAUCAUAAUCAUAGGAAUUGCUCCAACAGCAACGGCGCGCAAGAACAAGAGAAUUAAAUGAAAGGCCGUAUAUAUUUUACUCACGAGAGGAAAGUGUUGAAUAAACUAAAAAAGUUGUUAUAUA